UCGAUAAUAUCGAUAGUUGCCAGCUAUCGAUAGAAUCGUUAAGCUUUAAGCGUUACCGAUAGUUAUCGAUAAUCAUCUCGCAUGCACCCUACGCACCCAUCCGCAGCGAUGCCAAAACAGCUAAGCAAAUUAACCUUACCAGCGCUGAAAACGAUUCUGAUGCCUGUUCGCACUUACACGUAAUCCCCUGCAAAACUGCACGAAUAUUUCAAUUUUACUUUAUCUCACGCAAAACCCAAACAAAUAUCAACAACGAUGACAGGACAAUUUGGGACUACGAAGCUGCUGAUAUUUGUUUGGUUUUUCGCAUAAGAGAGUAAAGGAAAGAAAUAUUUUUGCUUUUGUCAACACGCAUACUCUGACAAUCUAUACGAGAGUUUACGGGAGUGUGAGCAGCCUCUAAAAUCUUUUUGAGCUUAGUCGCGAAUUGUUUGAAAAUUGAGAAAUAUUCAUGUUUGCUCACUUUAACUCGUGAUUUCGCGGUGAUUCUAAUCUUCUUAAAGUUGGCAGCAGUACGACAAAGUUGUAUGUAACGAAAGCAACUUUUUUCUUUGAAAAAUGUCACAGAAUACAGCCCAAAAAAGAACGAAGAGGUCAUUUGUAUGGGGCUUCUUCGAAAAAAUUAACAAAGGUAAUAGUAAUGUAUUUCGUUGCAAAGUUGCUGGAUGUAAAACAGAGCUCUCAUGUAGUGGAAACACUACUAACCGACGAUAUCAUUUGCAAUCGCAUCACCCGGUUGAAUUACGUGAAGCACAAUCUGGAAAUCGAAUGUCAUCUGAUUCAAGUUUUAACGAUGAUGAGAGAGACAAUGCGGAAGGAAUGCAUCACCAAAAACAAACAUCGAUGAGAAAAUACAUCAAGCAAAGCGGCAUUUCGUACAAUCCAGCUUCUCAAAAAAAAAAGGAAUUGGACAAAGCAUUAGUUCGCUUUAUAGUGAAAGAUAUACAACCGUUGGCCGUAGUUGAUGACGACGGGUUCGCCGAGUUCGUUCAUGCUCUCGAUCCGCGGUAUUGUUUACCGAGCAGGAGACACCUACGAGACGUUUUGUUGGAGCAAGCGUAUCAGAAAACUGUACAACAUAUAGGCGAGAUCUUAAAACCUAUCAAAUUUAUUGCCAUAACAUACGAUGGCUGGACUAGCCGUACAACACAAGGAUACUUGGUGGUAACUGGACAUUUUAUUUUCGAGGAAAAGCUUUCAACUGCGACAUUAGGUGUGAUACCAAUACCGUCGCGUUCGACGAGUAAAAAUUUGAAGGAAUUGAUUUUCUCAGUUCUCAAGCGGUUUCCGAGUGUAAGCGUCGUAUGCGCCGUAACAGACAGCGGCAGUAACAUGAUUUCCGCAUGUGAUUUAAUGAAGAUGAGACACAUGCCUUGUGCCGCCCACAAAAUUCAGAGAAUUGUAAUGGUUGGAAUAUCAAAAACAGAACGAUCCUUUUCUUCAAAAGAAACUGAGGAUUUUGUUGAAAAAAUUUUCUGCGAUGAUAACGAUAAUGUUCAAAACUGCGAUGUCUCCGUUUAUAAUGUUAUUGUCAAAUGCAAGCGAAUCGCAACAUUUUUCCAUCAUAGCUCUUCAGCAAACCGAAGCCUUGAGCAAGAAUUGCAUAACGCCAAGCGUCAGCUAACCAAAAUUAGUCAGCCGAACAACACACGUUAGAAUUCCGUAUACUAUAUGCUUGAGAGCAUAUGGAAAAUCGGAGAAGCACUAUUUGCCGUUCUAUCGAAAUGUGGCAAGUGGGAGUUGGACCUUACACCUGCCGAAAAACACCUUAUACCACAAAUUCUAGCCAUAUUAAAACCAUUCGUCAAGGCCACCACCAAGUUAAGCGGUGAUUCUUAUCCUACUGUAAACCUUAUUAUACCCACAACCAAACAAAUUCUUACGGAACUGAACAGUUUACUAAGUUUGUCAGACAAUGAGGUAGUAGAAGAAGAAACGACGGUAUUUGAAGUAUCAGAGAACAACAAAGACGCUAAGGUCGUCAUCGACAGCCAGGAGGCAAUUUGUUUUCUAAAGCAACUGGUUAGUUCAACGAGAGAAAAAAUGCUGGAGUAUGAAACUCGAACAGCAUCAGGAUUUAGUACUAUACUAGAUCCGCGCUUUAAAAAACAUGGAUUUAUAUCUGAAUCUAACUACCGCAUGAUGGCUGAGAAAUUAAAGGAAGAACUAAAAACAGUAAUGGCAACACAAAAUAGAACACACAUUGAAUGUACAUCAUCAAUAGAACCCGUGCCGUGUGUCUCAAAAAGAGCAGAGUACACUUUUUUGAAUAACAUUACGUUCACAAGACAUGAUCGCUCGAUCCACUCAACAGCACAGGCAAUCGUUCAUUUAAAUAAAUACCUUGAAGAUCCCAUAACAAAUGAAACCACCGAUGUGCUCUCCUUUUGGACCAAUUAUACAGCUUGCGAAGCACUAAGUGCAAUUGCUCUACGUUUCAUGAUAAUACCCGCAUCGUCCGUUCCCUCCGAGAGGGUAAAUUCGACCGCAGGUAACACAAUAACUGAUAAAAGAGCGAGAUUGACUCCAACUUUUGCAGAACAGCUAGUUUUUCUUAAUGAAAACUUCAAAUUUUUGCAAAUGUAGUGCAAUAAGAAAUUUUAUAAAUUACACACUCACACUGACACAUACAUACACACGCAUACAUACACGCCUACACACUGACACUUCUGACACACACCGACAUUUCUGACACACACACCGACACUUCUGACACACUCACACACACCGACACACACACGAGAAAUUGAAUACAUCAUAUGUAAUGUAAUUUAGUACAUUAUAUGUAGUUAGAGGGAGAGUUGUUUUAUAACUGUUUUAAUGAAUAGAUUACUAUGAUAUUUUAACACAGUGAUUUCUUAGAUAUAAUCUUACUUAUGUCUUAUACUUAUGAGUAAAAAAGUUGUACUUGUGUACGUUGAGACGAAUCCCAAAC